UUGUGUUUGAUUGUUUUGCUUCUGUUACCUUUAUCUGCCGACACAAAAUCCAGGCCAUAAAGGGCCACAACUACUGCUACUCACACAGACUUAAACACAGGCUGCUUGAGAUUUUUCUUCUUCAACCUAAACUCUUUUUCUUUUCUGUGUUUCUCUUGGUUUUACUACAGAUAAUUUCCAUGGAUUUUUGCCGUAAUGUCUCUGUCGCCGGUGAGUAUCACCACCAGCCGGAGCAAGUCCUUUCUCCUCCUUGCUCAAAGCUUGGUUCUUUAACUACUGCCACUACAACUACUCAUGCCUCUUUUGAUGACCUUUUCCCCGCUCAAAACACGGAGGUGGAUGUUAGUUUGGAAUGGCUGUCAGUUUUUGUGGAGGAUUGUUUUUCAAGCACAGGGAGCUGUCUUCCAGCAGCAGCCGUACCUAAAACUAGUGUUGAAAAUGGAAGUACAGAAGUACCAAAAUCCUCAAAGCCCCAACAAACUCCACCUUCUCUGCAGAAGUUUGUGGUUCCAAGCAAGGCCAGAAGCAAAAGAAAGAGAUCCCCAGCACCUUCCAUUUCCAAAACUGAAACUUUAAUCUGUCACCCAUUCACCACCUGGAAUAGCAUUCACCACAGCCAACUCCUUAACUUGCCCACCUCUGACCCUCCUUUGCUCCACCACCACCAGGCCUAUUGGCUGGCUGACAGUCAACUCAUUGAGCCCAAAAAAGAACCCACUACUCCUACUCCCACCACCACCACCACCACCGCCACCAGCAACAAAGUGAAAGAUUGUGAUGUGCAAAGUCAAGAGGAGGUGGAGAAGAGUGUUGUAGAGGGACACAUAGGGGGGCAGCAGCCAAGGAGGUGCACCCAUUGCUUAGCCCAAAGGACCCCACAGUGGAGGGCUGGACCAUUGGGGCCAAAAACACUGUGCAAUGCAUGUGGGGUGAGGUACAAAUCAGGGAGGUUGCUGCCAGAAUAUAGACCAGCCAAAAGUCCUACUUUUGUGAGCUAUUUGCACUCCAAUUCUCACAAGAAAGUUAUGGAGAUGAGAAUGGCCUUGCUCCCUUCAGUUCCCAAGUGAAAAUUUCUUAUUUUUCAGUAUGUAAAUUCAAGUUUAAAGUUUUAGAUAGAAAAAUAUGGAGAAAUUUUAAUUGUUAUUAUCAUUAUUAGUAGAAGUAGUAGUAGUAUUAGUGCUGUCAAUUGCUCAAAUUUUAAGGCCAUCUUCUUCCUUUCUUCUUCUUCAGUUGCUCAGAUUUUACUGGGGUUGUUCCAAAAGUGCUCAUAUCACUGGCGUUUAUGAUAUUUUGUAUUUAGAGUCCAAUUGUGAUUAAUCAAAUUGAGGUUAAUUUGUCA